AUGUCCUCUUCUUCCUAUUCCUCGAGCACCAGCUCCCCGACCCCCAGCAUGUCCGCCGUGAGCCCGCCCAAGUCGUCCUUUGAGAUGGACGACGACGUUCCUCCUCGCCUCGCCGCCGACAAGACGGAGCCACCUCUCAAGAAGACGCUACACACUGCCGUGUAUAUUUCGCUGCUAACCAACGUCCUAGGCUUCCCAAUCCUUCUCACAUGCUGGCAUCUAGUUUUUGCUACCAUUGCUACCCAGGUCCUCGCUCGAACCACGACGCUCCUCGACUCCCGCAAGAAGCUGCCCCUGACUCCUCGCCUCUACGCUCGAACAAUCCUCCCCAUUGGUAUCUUUUACUCCGGCUCGCUCGUUUGCUCCAAUGUCGUCUACCUCUACCUCUCUGUCCCCUUUAUCCAGAUGCUCAAGGCCGCGGCGCCCGUCGCCGUUCUCUUCACCUCAUGGGCAUGGCGCGUUGCCGAGCCCAACUUGGCAUCCUUCCUCAACGUUCUAUGGAUUGUUGCCGGUGUGGCUCUGGCUUCCGUGGGAGAGAUUCAUUUCUCCUUGAUCGGCUUCAUGUACCAAAUGGGCGGUAUUGUCUUUGAGGCUAUCCGUAUCAUCAUGAUCCAAGUCUUACUUAGUGGCGAUGGCAUGAAGAUGGACCCCCUUGUCGGACUCUACUAUUUUGCUCCGGUCUGCGCCGUCAUGAACUUCCUCGUCGCGAUCCCAAGCGAGCUUCCCACCUUCACCUGGGCUGCCGUAUCCAAAGUCGGCGUGGGCAUGUUGUUCCUCAACGCGUCCAUUGCAUUUUUGCUCAACGUCACAAGUGUCUUCCUGAUUGGACGUACAUCGGGUCUAGUCAUGACCCUCACCGGCAUCUUCAAAAACAUCCUCCUCAUCCUCGUGUCCAUUAUCAUCUGGAACACCAAGAUCAGCUUCAUGCAGACCGUUGGCUACGCCAUUGCCCUCGCCGGCCUGACGUACUACUCCCUCGGAUACGAACAGCUGUCGAAGCUGUUCCAAUCCUCUGCAACAUGGGCAUCCGGUGUGUGGGGGGCAACGUCUGCGGCGUCCCGAGGCUCGGGUUCUUCCGCCUCGAGGAGGUGUGUCCUCAUCUCCUUCUUCAUCUUUGGCGGCUUGUUCGUUUUUGUUGCCGCGCUGCAACACUACGACCCUUCGACCAAGUCGCUGAAAUUGCCGGCUUGGUUUGGCACGGAAUAA